GAACUAGUAUUUAGUAGCCUGAGUUGUUACCUUAGGAAACACUGACAUCAUUCGCUGCUUGUUGCUGCAAUGCCGAACGACCUCAAUACAGUUGCAAGAAUUAUGACAUAAUGUGGACCUAUUAUAGAAAUGGAACUGUACUCAAGAAGAAGAAAGACAGGGAGAACAAAGAUAUAACAUUUCCAGCCAUUUCCAAUGGACCUACUUCUUUCUCCAAGGAUAACAAGAACAAGUCUCAUUCUCAGCGGGUUCAGGAUCUCUUCUUUUCCCACUGUCUUUCCGAUCAUGGCAUCGUGGGCAGGAAGGUCAGAACCACUAAGAAGGCGGACAACCAGUGGAGUACCCCUUUCACCAAAGUGAAUGAGGAGGCAGAGUCGCACAUAAAGGCACAUCUCAGGUAUCAUUUACAUCAACGCCAUGUCAAGGCUUACACUCGAAGCACACGGGAAGAGGAGAAAGAGGCCGGAAUGCUACACCUGCUGAAUACACAGGGUCAUUUAUUUAAGGACAAGACAUUGAAGACUUUAUUAGGUGUGAACGGGCAUGAAGGCCUCCAGGAUGACUGUCCUGAGAUGCUGCAGAGUCUGGUGGACCUGGGGCAGGUGGAGGAAGACAGGGAAGAGGAAAAGGUGAAGGAACAAGUCGGCGUGCGGAAGAACGUCGACUCCUGGAACCAAAGCUUUACAGGAAGUGGGAAACGUCCACCAGAUGGGUCGUCCACAGGUCAUGUGGACGACCACACGGAGGAAUACCCAACAGAAAGGGGUCCUCGUCAUGCAAGUCACACUGUGUCAGAUGACCUUAAAGGAGAGGUGGUCCCUCCCUUCUGUGCCAAGAAGAGAAGGUUCAUGGUUUACAUAUGUGGAGGAUACAAGGACACCGUGGCAGAGAGGAGUACCCUGAUGGAGAACGUUUUCCCCGGCUGUACCUCUACUGUAUAAAGAGAGGCUAUGGCUUCAAGAUGGUGGACCUGCGCUUGGGGGUGGGAGACCCUGUGUGGGACACACACGACACAGCAGAGCUACAUGUGGACGCCCUCCGACAGUGCCAGCAGACCGAGGGACCAAACUGUGUCCUCUUUCUAGGCCAGAAGCAUGAGGUCCAGACCCUUCCCAGAACCAUCCCCAAAGAGGCCUUUGAGUCCAUCGUCAGGAUCGUGGAGAGAGACCGCCAGAGGAUGUCCAAGAGGAAGCCUUCAGGCAUGGACGACAGCACUGUCCAAUCCCAGUCCAGCCUCGCCACAGGCAGUGACACAGGCAGUUCCGUCUUCGAACCCUUUGACCUGAGGUACGCCGACCCACUCAAGAGUUCAGGGGUGGAAAGCGAGAAUUCCAUAUCCCAGGAUGCCCUGUCAGAUGCAGACGAGGACAGGAUUAGUCCCGUGGGGGCCAGGAGUUGGGCAGACUACGACGGGGAUCUGACCUUACUGCACAUGUGGUACAAGCUGGACGAGAACUAUUAUCCUCCUGUGUAUCAUCUGCUUCC